CGCAUGCGUGCGGGGCCUACGGCAACAAAACCGCCUCCCCCGCGCCGUCGCCCUCCACUGUUACUCAGGAUCUCCGCCCCUCCUUCCUGCGGCGCUCAAGGGACCAUGGCCGAUCCUCGCGUGAGGCAGAUCAAGAUCAAGACCGGCGUAGUGAAGCGAUUGGUCAAAGAAAAAGUGAUGUAUGAAAAAGAAGCAAAACAACAAGAAGAAAAGAUUGAAAAAAUGAAAGCUGAAGAUGGUGAAAAUUAUGCCAUUAAAAAGCAGGCAGAGAUCCUUCAAGAGUCUCGGAUGAUGAUCCCAGAUUGCCAACGCAGGUUAGAAGCUGCAUAUACUGAUCUUCAGCAGAUUUUAGAAACUGAAAAAGACUUGGAAGAAGCUGAGGAAUAUAAAGAAGCACGUUUAGUACUGGAUUCAGUAAAGUUGGAAGCCUGAAACUUUUCUGUAUAGGGUGUUUUUACUUUAAAUCUUUAGGGUCCAUUCUACAAUUCAUUAUUUUUGACCACUGCUGUGUUCAAGUAAUAUGAGAAUGUGAUUCUUUUUAUUAAGUUGCAUACAUUUUUAUUUGCAUAUUUUAAUGUGUCAAAUAAAUGCAUUCAUCUAAUAAAAUUGUUUAUUUCAUACUU